ACCAAGCUGCAAGGGUAAAGAUAUAGGCUUUCUUUAAACAUUGGCAGAUCUGGUUUGUCCUAAAUAUUUCCUCGUGAUAUAACGCGUUAGACUAGUUCAGUUCUUUCAACUAACAAUCGACCGGAACCGGAUACAAGAUGAAGCCUACAUUAUGUCUUCUGUGCUGCUUGCUUUUGAUUGUGGAAUCGAUGGCUCAAGAAAUGACGAUACCGGUGGGCAUUAAUGGCCAAGAUACGUUGACUCGAAUAAAUAUUCAAGACACAGAAGGUAACUACGAUGUAGGGUACAAUGAAAACCAGUUAACCGGAGGUGCUUCGUUUUACCGCGAGAAAGGCUUCGCCAAUGGGACCAGACAAGGCUCCUACGGAUACACCACUCGAAAUGGUUUGAUUCGUAUAGUGACGUAUGUCGCAGAUAAAGAUGGUUACCGUGCCGAAGUCCUGACUAAUGAACCUGGAAUAGAAGCUGUAAACCCAUCGAACGUUACAGUCACAAAAGAAAAAGAGCCAGACUCAGAAGCUUUGGCUAGAGGACUUACAGGCUCCGAAUCUACAGCUCAGAGUUCAGUAAUUUACUCGUCGGCUUCCAAUGUGAUGAGAAAUUACAUUCCAGCUUCUCAGUCCCAAGCGCAGCCAGUUUAUCCAGGUCUAAUUCAGAACGUUGCUCAAGUUCUAUUUUCUUCCCCGUAUGGGAACUAUCAGUAUAUCAUCUAAUGUUACUCAUAAUUAAAGCAAAGAAUAUGAGAGAAAUUUUAAAAUUGAGCACAGCAUUUAAGCAAACUUUAAAGCAAACUAAAAAUUUAAGCAAACUAAAAAGGAGAGGUUACUUUUAUAAAAUAACUCUCCUUCAAAGAAAGCAGAAUAAUCCUUUCUAAAAAUGAAAAUUUAAUUUUCUUUUGCCAUUAAAAUUCUGGAAACUUAUUCAUUUAGUUUUUUAAUUUUUUUCUUUUAAUUAAAAAAUGAUAAAAUUACUACGAGCAUUAUGUAGAUAUCAUGGAUUUUACGGAAUCUUCAUUUACGUACGCAUCUAUUCAUUUUUUAUAUAUUUCUGUUGAUAUUAAAUAAUAUACCAGUGCAAAACUGAGAUAUAAAAAAAAACUUAUUAUUCUAAUGCUUAUAUUAGCUGUAAAAUACAGGAAACUACCUCUUUUUUUCUUUUAUUUGAUUAUCCUCAUGCCCCUGUUUCAACAGUCAGUAGAAUAAUAUUUUUAGCACAUUUUCGAGUACACGCGAGACAAUAAUCAACUCACGCAUAUUAAUGAGAUAAUAUAUUCACGAGAUAAUAGCCAACCCACGCACGUACAUAUCACAAAAGUGUUUGCAUACACAUGUAGUAACUCACCUUAUAUUUAAUCGUUAUUUUUCUGAUUAAUAUCCAUCCUUCAAGUGAUUUUUUUGGGGGGAUCAUAACGAAUCAUCAUGGGGCUAUGGAGUUUAUUGAAUGUUUAUUUUCCUUAUUAUUCAUGAACACAGCACUAUGUAUGAGCCGUAAAGGUAGCCAAACAAACAGUUUCCUCAAAUGCGCAAAGUCACAAUAAUUUGACAACUUUUCAUGGAAAUGCGGAUAAUUAAAAAGUACCAAUACCUUUCUACCGUUCUUAUGAAAUUUAACUAGUAUUAUAUUUUUUAAUCUUUCGACGCUUUUCUUACAAUAAUUUGCAGAAAUCUAUAAAAUGUAUCUGUUGUUAAUAAUAUUCAAAAUAGAAUAUUUAUUGAAAAUGUAUUCAAAAUUUCCUUUUUGUACAAGAUUGCAGUAGCGAAGUAUGUUUCUGUCUUAUGAAUUAAAUGUUUUAUAUUAUUAUUCUAUUAAAAUAUGGUAAGCUACAUAAUAUUGUAAUUUAUACGGAUACGCAAUAAACCAUAAGGGCUUUCUCUGUA